AUGUCAGAUGCAAUGGCGCUGGCAUCCGACUAUGUGCUGCCGCCCAAAGACACGGUGUUCAGCACACUCCUGCGAGGUUUGAAGACAUUUUCGGACGAUCUGCAAGUCGGGGCCACCGACUCCAGCGCCUUUGGCUAUGGCUGGUCCCAAGUUCCAUCCGCUGCUCGCAUCGCGGCACCCCAGUUGCUCCAGCCCAAGGCACCAACUUUGGCCCUCACGCUGAGAACCGGUGACCUGCAGCCAGUGCGGGGGUCAAAGACGACAAAGGCGGCCAAGACGGCUCGAGAGACUCCGUCAGUGACACCUCUGCGUCAGGCGCGUCGGCCGCGGUCAGCCGGUGCACACCACCAGUCCUUCCAGAGGUUGCCGAAAGCCGAAAUGUGUCAAACACCGCGGCAGACGGGACUACCUCGUUUUGAUGCUCCCGACAACCAGCUAAAUAAGCGUCGGGGUUCUUUCACUUCCCGCGAUGCUCCAGUCAAUCAAGCCGCGAGUCCUCUCAGGCGUACGCUUCCUCCUGCAAAGUCCUGUCGGCAGCGGUCGCAGAAGAAGUUAUCUUCAGACGACUUAAACCCUGAACCUGCAGAGAAGAAGAAAAUGGCCAGUACCGCGCCUUUGCAACAGCAAGCAUGGGAUUCCGCUCGGGGUGGGGCGCCAAAGGCGGCUGCACAACCUGCGGCUCAGGCAAAGGAGGAAGGCACAGUUGGGCCUUCCGCCGGAUCGAAAGGAAAGGCUGUGAUAAGUGAGGCAAAUGAGCAGACAGCUGGUCGUGUCCAGGGCACCAACAAGCCCAUGAUCGCGGCACAGGCACCGCAAGUCUCGCCCCGUCCGAGAUUGCCUUCGAUGGAGAAGAAGACUCCUAGGAUGAUGGAAGACUUCAUCGCUCAGUCGACUCAGCACUUGUUGUCCCUUCCCGGGAAGCCCCAGCUUACCUGGCGGACGCUGGACUCCGAGGCGGACUAUCGGGAACUGAAGGCCGGGGAGUACUUCAACCAUUUCUUCCACAACCGGGUUCUCACCACAAAAGCUGGCCUUGCUCAGUCUUUGAAGGAACACUCCAUAUCCGGCGGCGUCAACGCCGAAGCUUUUUUCCCACGAUGUUAUGAUAUUGCCCAGAAAAGUGAAAGAGACGAUUUCGUUCUUGAUUAUCGUCGCUCUGCUGCACUGCGAAUCGUACUGCUACAUCAGCGACUGCAUCGUGAUCAAGAGUCAAUGCAGACCGCCGCCGAUUCUGCAUAUUCAUGCAACGAAACGGUCCUGCUGGCAUGUACACGGGUCCUUCAGCGGUGGUGCCUAGAUCUUGAUCCAAAGCAUUUGGAUGAAGAGGGCGGUGACGGACAGCACAUGAACGAAGACCUCUGGGAUGCGCUGGUGCUGUACAGCGAGCUGACACAGCCACAGCUCUGCUCCGGCACGGCGAACGUGCGGGUUCCAAGGCGUCCUUUGAUUCGACCUGGGGGUGGCGACAUGAAGGCGGAGGAAACCCCACGGUCUGAACGUGAGCGAAGCGAGCGAAGCGAGCGAAGCGAGCGCAACCGGCCGACGAAUCUCAAGGAUUGGCCGGAGUUUCUCAGCCACUCCUGGGGACAACUCGACAACAAGUCGCAGCUGGCCCUCGAUCAGGUGGUGCAGAAACUCGAGGCACUCUUCCCGCAAUGGGGUUUGCAUGGAGGUUGGUCCGGGCAGAACGUCUGGAUUGUGAAGCCCGGCACGAACAGCAAAGGAAGUGGAAUUCAUUGUAUGAGCAACCUGGCAGAGCUCUUGCACCAUUGCGACCGCAUGCCUAAUCGAUUGGUUCAGAAGUACAUCGAGAGGCCGCUCUUGCUGUUCAGUGGCCGGAAGUUCGACAUCAGACAGUGGGUAUUGGUGAGAUCGGUCCGUCCACUGAAAGUCUUCAUGUUCAGCGAAUGCUAUCUACGCCUUUGCAAUGGCAUGUAUGAUCUUGGCGACUUGCGGGACCGGGAGAGGCAUAUCUCAAACUGGCAAGUGAACAAGCACGGGAAGAAUGUCGUGGAGGGCGCCGUUGUGUCCCUCGCAGACUUCAGAGAGCAGCUUGCCGAGCUGACCGGCCGCGAGGACUAUUGGGAGGCAGUCUUACUGCCAGCGAUCAAGCAGAUCGUGAUUGAGGUGAUGCGGUCCGUGGAGGCCAGCCUUCAGCCCCGAGCGGAAAGCUUCGAGCUCUUCGGAUUCGACCUCAUCGUGGACGAGGCAAUGAAGCCGUGGCUCCUCGAGGUGAACCUCAGCCCGGGCUGCGAGAGCCGCGUGUCGUUCCUCGAGCGCAUGCUGGCUCGCAUGACUCGUCGGUUGAUCGAGGUUGCAGUCCUGGGCAAGGAAGAGCCGGAUGGGGAAGUGCCUGACUGGAUCAAGCUUUGUGAUGACAGCGUUGGCACACAAGAGAGCAACGCAAGCCUGGACACGCCGAGGCCCUGUGCCGAUUUAACAAUCCAUGGGACACCGCUUCGGCCGCGGCGUGCCGUGGGUGGCAGCGUUGCUUUGCGGCCCUCCGUCCAGCACUCCCAGGAGGUCUUCCAUGUGGACCAGGCUAAAGUGCCGGCUGUGCUUGACCAAAGCCCAGACAAGGUUCGCAGGGGCACGGGCUUCGUGAGUGCGGCCGACCUACCCUCGGACGAGGAGGAGGAGCCUGACUCCCAAAGACGUGUGGCCUUUGAUCCCUCAUCGCAGGCUGGCACAGAUGCUGGGCCAGCAGUGCGGCGCGGCACCGGUUUCGUCGGCAUGGCAGAGUUGCCUUCGGAUGACGAGGAGGACGACGAGCCUGCAGGACAUCGCGUGGCCUUUGACCCCGGUACACAGGAAGGCAGCGGCGGGCUUGUGGCUCGCGUGAAAACCGGGGCUGUCAUGACCCGCAUGGAGGGGCCCGACUCACCGCAGGGCCACGGACGUCUCCAGGUCAAGCAGAAGACCAAUCGCUUGGCAUCGGGUGACCUGGCGCAGCUCUCCUCCGACGAAGAGGUGGAUGCCAUUGGCGAGCUCGCGCCGGCAGGGCCUGCAGGCAAUCUCGAGGCCGGACUGCACUCGUAG